AUGCUGUGCGUUCCAGAAGUGAAGAAGGCCUUUGAUACAAUGAGCAGUUCGGCCAGCACAGCUGCGGGUGAUUUAAGUGACGUGGAAACUUUGAGUCCUGCGGGCAACAGCACCUUUGGAGCGGAUGAAUCAUGGCUUGUCGACCAUUCACCACAGGCAGAUGCUGCCAGUGGUGGUGAGGAGCACUUUCUUGGAUGUGGAGAUACAGUCAUUGCAACAACGGUGCGACGGGAGCGCCUGGUGCCAUUGCGGCUGGCACAGUCGAUCACUGGGCAGCUGCAUGGACACAGCAUCUCGCUCCGCUCGGGGUAUGCCUCAGAGAUGGAUAUUGCUAGAGGCACUGGCAAGCCUGAAGCAUGGCCCUCCAGGGUGGGUGGCAACCCCUUCGAUGGCACUUUUACUGCGCUGUCGCCUGAAGACGUACAGCGUUUAAUCCUGAGUUUGGAAAAGUCUGUUGGUCCACAAGGAAUGCGCAAAGCAGCGCGAGAUCAGCAUGCUAAAAGGCAACCCAUUGCAUGUGGGGUGCAAAUGAUCAGUGGACAUUCAUGCAGCUACGCCUGUCGAUACUGCUACAUUCAAGACUGGUAUCCUUUUGUUGAGCCCACACCAACCGAGCUGUCAGGCAAUGAGGUGCUUCUGUCUUUGCUGUACAAUCCGAAUUGGAUACCCUCUCGGGACUUUAUUAUCCUUGGGGACGUAUGUGAUCCAUUUCACCCCAACUUGGAAGUUCGGAGCAUGGAAUACAUCAAAGCAGCUGCUGUACUUGGAAGUCCGAUCCAAUUUUCAACCAAGUCUGCCAUCAGCAAAACUGUUUGCCAGCAACUGGCUGAGUGGUCAGUCACCUAUGGCUGUGCAAUCAAUGCGCUUGUGACAAUCACCACCAUGAAACAUGCUGAAGAUCUUGAACCCUCAGCGCCAUCCGUGGAAACGCGGCUGGAGACAAUCCGCAACCUUUCAGCAGCUGGACUUUCGGUCUUCAUUUUCAUGCGACCCCUUCUGCCAGGAAGUUGCGACUAUGAAGACGUUUUGAGAGCUGCCAGGGAUGCUGGAGCUGAAGGCGUGGUCGUGGGCUCCCUACGGGUGUCCAGGAAAAUCUACAGACGGCUGAAGCAGUCCAAGACUGUGGACAUCGAGGCCAUUGACUCCCAACUGCGUUCCAUUGACCAGUCGCCUGACAAGCUUGGGGAGAACCAGGUGGACAUUCAAGAUGAGGGCCUGCGACAAGAUACUUGGCUGAUCCGAUUCAGCGUUUUAUGUUGUCUUCAGACAGACGAAAGGCAGAAAGAAUCCUUUGCGCAACUGUGCCAGGAGGUGCCCAGCUUGUCGGAGCGCUUCCGGCGGCUGCGCCGAGCCUUCACUGAACCCCAUGUCGACUCCGGAACGGAGCUCUACGAACCGGGGAAAUUCAGCCGGGGUGAUGAUGCGGCAGAGAGUGACCCGGAGAGCGAGGAUAGUCAGAUGUGCGUGCCUGUGAUUCAGGUGAGAUCUGUGGAUGAGGAGUCCACCGAGCUUGUGGAGCCCCGGCUUGACCUGCCAAUGAUGGCAACUGUGCCGAAGGAUGAGAAGAACCAGGAGCAGGGGAAGACAACUGUCAUGCUGCGAAAUCUGCCCAACAACUACACGCGAAGCAUGCUGCUGAAUUUGCUGGAGAAGCAGGGCUUUGUUGGUCGCUUCGACUUUUUGUACUUGCCUUGUGACUUCCAGCGCAAAGCGAACUUGGGCUAUGCGUUCGUGAACAUGGUGAACUGCCAGGCAGUUGAGGACUUGUGGAAGACCUUUGAUGGAUUCAAGGGCUGGGCGCUGCCAAGUGCCAAGGUGUGUGAAGUUCGUUGGAGUGGGCCACAUCAAGGCCUUGAGGCACAUGUGGAGCGCUAUCGCAACAGCCCUGUGAUGCACAAGAGCGUUCCUGAUGAGUACCGCCCUGUGAUCUUUGUGGAUGGACAGCGGCAGCGAUUCCCAGCACCUACGAAGUUCAUCAAGCCACCACAGGCGGGGUAA